AUGGUAAGUAGUAAGAAGCAAACUAAUUCAGUAAUAGACAACAGCAAGAAUUUUCAAGUAAUUACUCAUAGUCUUUAUUUAGUUGCUAACCCAAAAACCGGAAAGAUAGAGCAACCAACACUUAGGUUUGGUGGUUAUUAUUUAGAAGACUUUUACUUCAAUGAAGAGACUAAACGAACAGAAAUCAGACAAGGUUUUCACAAUCGAGAACCUUUAUUAGUUAUUGGUGAUAAUUUUCCAGUUCUCACCAGCACCAUUUACUUAAACGAAUUAUUCCUUUAUCGUCAAUUAGGACUAAGGCAUUAUUACGAAGAAAAAGCCCGUUUUGAAAAACACUUUGACUUUAAAGCUUUAAUUCAGGUGUUAGCUCAUGAGAUAAUUCAUGUGAUACUAACUGAUUUUUAUCCGGGGGAAGAGGAACAUGGAGAAUUACAUAAAAAAUUAGUUAUAGAGAUGGUGAAAACGAUUGAGGCUUCUGCUGAAUAUGAAGAGCUGAAAAAGUUUUGGAAAUAA